CAAACCCCAACCUUCACUCCUUCUCUUCCGUUCCUUCUCCAAAACCCCUAAAAAAAUUUCCCAAUUUUACAAAUCAGUCCCUCUUCCUUCUUCUUCUUCUUCUUCUUCUUCUUCUUCUCUCAAUGCUACAAAAGUUUGCCCUAGCGUUGAAGACCAAGACCAUCGAGUUCUUCGCCGACGAUGACGAUGACGAUGCAAUCUCCACCGUUGAUCUUGACCCUCCCCCUCACGAGCUCUUAACGGGUCAACGGGUCGUCGUCCUCAAACCCGACCCGCUUCCCCGUCCCCAAACCCUAACCCUAGUCCCUUCCCUCUUCUCCGCCGUUGCCUCCUUCCGCGCCGCCUACCUCCGUCUCCAGGCCUCCCAUGCUCCUUUCGACCCCGCCGCUGCCGCCUCCGCCGACGUUGCUGCCGUGGCCCAUCUCCGCCGUCUGUCUGACUUCAAGCGCUCCUUCUUUCGGAGCUCCGGCGAUGCGUCUUCGAUCCCUUCUCUUUCGUCUCUUCUUGAAUCUCAGGUCCGCGAGAACCAAUCUCUUCUUCGCUCUUUCGAGACCGCCGUUGAUCGUCUUCAAGCCGACAUCGAUUGCAAGGACAGUGAGGCGGCGGUUCUCCGAUCCCGGCUCCGGGACCUCGACUCUGCUGUGAUGAAGCUGGAGCGGCGGCUUGAGAGAGCUAGCUCCCCUCCUGACGAGAAAGUCGAGGCCUUGCUGACUCUCAGCGUGUUUGAUUCCGUCCUGCGAGACUCCUGCCGGGGAAUGCAUCGUUUCGCCAAGAAUUUGAUGGAUUUCAUGAAAAAAUCUGGGUUUGAUUUCGUCUCCGCCGCGAAUUCCAUCCACCCCGACGUGAAUUAUGCCAAGUCCGGGCACCGUCGGUACGCCCUUCUCUCCUACAUCUCUCUGAUCAUGCUGGAAGGUUUUGAUUCGCAGAAUUACUCUUUGGAUGAAGCCGGAAUUGGAUGCAAUUCUGGAGAUUUGAGGUUUAGAAGGAAGAAUUCAUUGAGGCAUUUCGUCGAACACUCUGCAGUUGAUGCCUUUGAAUUGAUGGAGGCCAAUCCUGGUUGUGAUUUUGCUAGAUUUUGUGAGAGAAAACACGACAAACUCUUUUGCUCAAUCAUGGAGUCUUGUCCUUCUUCUGCAUUGGUGAAUUGGGGAUCUCCGGGCUCGUUGCAUCUGAUGAAUCCUCUCUAUGACCCGUUUGUGAGCAUGGCGAGCUCGGUGUGGAUGCUUCACAAGUUGGCAUGGGCAUAUGACCCAGUUGUAGAGAUUUUUCAAGUUGGGCGGGGGACGGAGUUUUCGAAUGUCUACAUGGAGAGUGUGGUGAGGAGGAUUGCUUCUAAGAGGUUAGAAUGCGGAAAAGGACAGCAGAGACCAAAGGUCGCAUUCACCGUUGUCCCAGGGUUCACUGUUGGGAGGACAGUGAUCCAAUGUAGGGUGUAUUUGGAUGGAUCAUAGCAUGUAUAAGCAAAUUGUACUAAUGAUGACUCUGGUAUAGUAUAAUGGAGAAACACAUCGAUCAAAUGGAUUGUAAUGAUAAUACAAAUACAGGUUUUAGUGGAAAAAAGAAAAGCAAAGUUAUUGGUUUUCUCAAUGGAAUAUAAUUUGGGUACUUGUUGUUGUCGAUUUAGUUGGAAUGUAGAAGCUCUGUCAAGAGGAGUUGAGAUUCAAUGCGGUUGAUGAUAAGGUACGGAGUGUUCUGCAUUCUGGUUUUUGGAUAUACAUUGUUUGUGCCUCUUGAAUACUUGUUUAUACGUGAAAUUAGUGAUGUGUUGUUACUAGAUAAUUGUAUAGUUGUAUUGUUCUGCUUGUUUAUUAGAUUUGUGUAAGCUAUUCUGAAUUCUUAUGAAAUAAACACAUGGAAGAUGACACAUAUUUGUUAUC